AUGGGUGCCUGCUUGAGCAAGAAGAAAGGGUCCUCUACCUCCUCCCAUUCCCAGGGGAAUGGUGUCACUGUUAACGCGUCCAAACCCCCCACACAGCCAGAAGUGAACCCGAAGAAGAAGACAGUGCAAGAGAAACAAGACGCACAAGUAGUAGUAAAAGGAAAAGGAGGAGAUGAAUGUCAAGUGAAGAAAGAGAUAUUCAUCAUCAAACAUAGGAAGAGCCAUGAUGAUAGAGAAAGAAAUUCCAAAACCCCACCUUUCGCCGAUGAAUCAAUGGGUAACAAGAUUGCACCAUCCACACCAAAGAUGGGGAUGGGUACCGUGGGUGUGAGGACUUCAAGCUGCACCAAAGAAGAGGUCGAUGCAAUUCUCAUUCAGUGCGGGAGGCUCAGCAGAAGCUCUUCUGGAAAAGCUGCUUCUUCUUCUUCUGCUUCUGGUGAGCGUGGGAGAAAGUACUCGGGUUCCAAGACAAGUUACGAUUUUGAUCACUGUGACAAGGAUGCUAUUUCUGCUGAUGAUGACCACAAGAGAGCCAAUGCCACUGACAAUAGUGAAGAAUGUGAUGCAGAUAAAAGCCACCACCACCAACACCGCCAGCGGCACCGUCAAUCUCCUUCUCAGGGAAGGAGAAGAACCCCAAGCAGGGAAAGCGAAAGAGAACAGCAACAACGAUCCAGCAGCAGAGAGAGGAGAGUGAGUAGAUCUCCCGGAAGAAGAUCAUCCGAGACUAAUGCCAAUGCCAAUGCCAAUGCAAGCAACAACACAAGUUCUAGGCCUGGAAAAAUGGUAUCUGUUCCUGCCACUGUUUCAUCACUGGUUAUGGAUAAGAGUAACAAUGGAGAAUCUGCAGCAGCCACAGGCAUAAAGAGGAUCACGGUUAAGAGAAAUGUUGGUGAUGGUGGUUCAAGGAGUGCAGCGUCACCACGUUCUCAAUCCCCUGCAAGAGCUGAACAAUCCCUUAGCCGCAAUAACUCUUUAAGGAAAGCUGAACAAUCUCCUUACAGAAGAAACCCGCUCAGUGACCUUGAUCCUAACUCCCUUGCUUAUCCACAAUCAAACACCAACAAUGUGCAAAACAAACCCCACAAGGAGAUUCAACCAGAAGAAUCUAUUCAGAAACCAAAUGUUGAUACUGUGAACGACAACAACAAAAACAGGAGCAGCAGCAGCAGCAGAGCUGCGAUGGGGAAGAAGGGUGUGAGUGUAAAUUGCAAGAGAAAGGAGCAACAAGAGGAAGAGAUCAAGGUACUACUGUCUUCGGUGCCUGAUAAUGCUGUUGUGAAGACAGUGGUUCCAUCAGGGGUUGAUAACAACCUUAAACCCCAAACAUUAACAAGAAGCAGAUCUUCUAGGCGAUCCAGAGACUUAGACAUCAAUCCUGAAGCUCUGUUGAAUCCUACACAAUCGUAUACCUCACUACUGCUUGAAGACAUCCACAACUUCCAUCAAAAGUGCACACAACCACCUUCUAUUUCUCUCCCAGCUUGUCUCACCAAAGCUUGCUCUAUCCUCGAAGCUGUUGCUGAUCUCAACUCCACCACCAGCUCAAAUUUCUCUGAGGACAGGAGAAGUCCACCCACUUACCAAUCUAAUUCUAGUAGAAAUGAGUACAAUCAUUAUGGAAAGAGGGUGCAAGAUACCAAGGAUCCAUUUGUAGAAUCUGAGGUAGUUGUUUGUGAUGAUGUGAUGGAGCCAAGCUUACACAAGUAUGUGACAGUUAAAAGGGGCGGUUCACUUUGUGGGGUAGACAUGGAGGACCAAGAGUCUUCAGGAAGCAACAGCUUCAUUGUCAGUAGUGGACAACAGCACUGGGCUAUUUCUUCUUCUUCUUCAGGGGAACCCAGUUCUGCUGACUCAACAGAUUGCUGGACUUCAAGAUCGAAUUCCAGAGAGGAGGGUCAGAAAAGUUCUUUAGGCUUGGAAGCUAGUUUGUCAUCUGACAUGGCUGAAGCUACCAGGAAGAAGACAUUGAACAGCAAAGGGAGAGAGUGUGAUCAUCAGCAUAGCGGUGGGAUAGGGCGUGGCAGGCUUGGUUCCAGUAAAGGUAUUCACACGUUGCCUGUGGUCACAGCUGCUGCAUCAACAUAGAUGUGAUGCUGAUAGAUACAUCAAAGUCAAUGAGUUUGACAUUCCUCCUUCUGUUUGGAGUUGUUGCAUACUUGCAACCGUUUCUCGUUUAAGGCCAAUUUAUGAUGAUCUCAUAAUCUUUGUUCUUUUCCCCAUUCUGCAAUUGUGUGGCCAUUAUGAUAUUAUGCUUUCAUUUCUUCGAAUGAACAGGAAGAUCAAUCAUUUUCAAACUCUAUUUGUAUCAACUCUCGUUCAAUACAAACAUACAAAGAGAGUCUCUCCACGGGGAAAAACAAGUAAUUGCUCAAAUCCCAUAACAAGCAUGCCUC